CUCAAUAUUUGACCAGCUUCCAGCAGAUUACACUUCGAGCAGCACGAUUCUACAGUAUUUUGCUUAGUACUUGGAAUGGGUAUCUGGCACCAAAUCUGGCCCUGUCAUUUGUGAUCCAUGGUUCUUGUGAUAUGCCGAAGAUGCCCAGGCAGUUUCUGUGGAACAUCUCCUUGUCCAGCUCUAAUCAAGCAUCAUGUAAACAAGAAAUUGCCUGGUCACACAUGUGAGGACUAUACUCUCACUGCCAAAAAGAUCAGUACUGACAGAAUGGCAGCCAAUUUCAAGUUAUUAAAACCUUUAAAAUAUCAAGCAUUUUGUAAUCCUGUUGCCUACAUUGCAACCCGAAGUGUGCUGUUUUGGAAUAUGGGAAACAGCUGGUGGCACAGAGGACAGAAACAUCCAGAACAGAGUGGCCGCUGCUAUCCUGCCAGAAGAGUGAAGAGUAUUAGUGACACUGCCUCUUCUCAGAGAGUCCUCACAACCAACAGUGCCCUUCUGGGUUUGGGAGUCCACCAGGCUUCUGCCUCAAAGGCCAGCAUGUUGCAGCUGGGUUCACCCAGGAAUGUGAGAGCUGAUAAAGAGGAUGUAGAAGUUUUUGAUUCCUUUGAAGACACCCGAGUUUUCCUACAGCUAAGACCAGAGUACCAGCUUCACAGCCAUAACAAAUCAAAGAUUUGUCAGCCCCUGUCUUUUUCAGAAAGUGAACUAAUUUUGCACAAAGUCAGAGUGUAUCAAAAUAACCUCCAGCCUCAAACUAUUGUUGAUUAUUUCUGUAAACUGAGCUCUUUGCCUGCAGAGCAGUGUCCCAUUUUGCGGUCUAAAGCCAGCUUUGCUUUGCUCUGCCAUCUGAGUGUGAAAAACAUAAAAUCCUUUGAUAUCCCUGGUCUGAUCAGUAUUUUAAAAGCCUUAGUCAAUUUAGAAAUCCCUCACUCCCACCCAAUGCUAGAUGUAUAUGAAACCAGAUUUGGCCAUCAUGUGUGGGAGAUGAGUCUGGACCAGCUUCUUUUGGUGGCUGAUCUCUGGCGGUACUUAGGCCACAGAGCACCACAGUUCUUAAAAAUUUUUUUUAGUUAUCUUAAUUUGCAUUGGAAAGAUCUAUCUUUGUCUCAGUUAAUUCAUUUAAUUUAUAUUAUAGGUGAAAGUCGUCAGGUACCACAGGACCUAAUGCAAAAACUGGAAUCACUGAUCCUUAAGUAUAUUGAUUCAGUCAAUUUAGAGGAAGUAGGUGCAAUCUGUUUGGGCUUCUUUAAGUCAAGUAGUAGUCUCUCGGAAUUUGUCAUGCGGAAAAUCGGAGACUUGGCUUGUGCUGACAUCCAGCAUCUGAGUAGUCAUGCCUUAGUGCAUAUUCUUAAAAUGUUCCGUUUCACUCAUGUGGAUCAUGUCAAUUUCAUGAAGCAGUUUGGAGAGAUUGCACCUCAGAGAAUUCCUUCCCUGGGGGUUCAGGGUGUUAUGCACCUGACUCUUGCCUGCUCAGCCUUACGCAUGUUGGAUGAAGGAGUAAUGAAUGCUGUGGCUGCCUCUUUGCCUCCUCGGGUAGCACACUGUCGAAGUAAAGAUAUUGCCAAAAUUCUGUGGUCAUUUGGAACUCUGAAUUAUAAGCCACCCAACACAGAAGAAUUUUAUUCCAGUUUGAUAAAUGAAAUUCACAGAAAGAUGCCUGAAUUCAAUGAAUACCCAGAACACCUGCUCACCUGCCUGCUGGGUCUUGUAUUUGCUGAAUACUUUCCAGCAGAGCUCAUCAGUGUUGCUCUGAGUCCAAGGUUUGUCAGGUUAGCUCGAGAGAGAAGUAAAUUUGAACUUACUAAGGAACUGUACACUCUUGAUGGUACAGUUGGCAUUGAAUGUCCAGAUUACAAAGGCAAUCGUCUUAGCUCUCACCUUCAGAGUGAGGCAUCUCUAAAUCUGUGGAAUUUAGCAAGGAAGGAUAUGAACUCAAAGCCUGAAUUCCUAGAAGCUCUUUCUUUUCUUGAGACCAUGUUGGGUGGCCCCCAGUAUAUCAAGCACCAUAUGAUUUUACCUCAUUCCCGAUCUUCUGACUUAGAGGUGCAGCUUGAUGCUAACAUGAACCCACUACCAUUUAACAGAGAAGCCAUACCAGCUGAAGACAAGGUUAACUUAAAGUUUAAGCGUUUAGGAGUCAGCCUUACAGAUGAUUUGUUGAAUCAGUUACUAAAAGGGAAAGCAAAAAGGCAUUUCCAGAGAGAAAUUGAGUCAGAGACUGGGCAGUGGCCCAUGAAGUUGGAGAAAGCAGCCAUACCAUUGGGUAGCUCCCCUUGCAAUGUGGCAGAUGGGUCAGGGGCUGUUGAGAUGGCUGGCCUGUAUCCCCCAGCCCAUGUGCAGGCCCCACUAGUGAAGCUGGCCAUUCAGUUCACACAUAGAAAUCAGUAUUGCUAUGGUACAAGGAACCUACUUGGAUUGCACAACAUGAAGCGGCGGCAGUUGGUUCAUCUUGGGUACCGAGUGAUCGAGUUACCCCACUGGGAGUGGUUCCCACUCUUGAAACGAACUCGAUCAGAGAAGCUGGCGUUCCUCCAUGAGAAAGUUUUCACCUCUGAUCUCUAAUCAUCCUUCAGAAGCAUUUCCCCGCAUCUGUAGGUUUACACAGUACCAGGCAUAUUGAUGCUCAAAAAGCUUCAGAAUUUGUAACAUUUUGGAUUUCAGAUUUUCAGAUUAGGGAUACUCUUGGUAGUCUAUGCAAAUAUUCCCAAAUCUGAAACAACCUGAAAUCGAAACACUUCUGGUCUCAAGCCUUUUGGAUAAGGGUUAUUCAACCUGUAUUGCAAAAUAAUUAUAAAUGCCAGAAUAUAAGUGUGAUAAUAAAAUCUGCUAAGGAAAUGUAAUGCUCUUGUCUGUGGCAAGUGGACCUGGUUACCGUGAAUUAAUUGUAACCUGUAGCAGUAGCAAGUUGCUGCUAAUUUGUACAUAUUGGUUGUCAUAAUAAGCAUUUUUUUUUUUUGAGUCAAUGUCUUGCUAUGCAAUUCAGGCUGACCUUGAAUUCAUGGUGGGCUGGCCUUCAAUUUGGGGUAAUGCUGCUGCCUCAGCCUCCCAAGUGCUGGGAUUAUAGGCAUGUGCCACCACACCAGCUAUAUUUCUACUCUUCUUGCAGAAAAUCCCAUUAACUAUUCUGUUUUCUUAAAAUUGGAGCUAGGAGGGAGAAUUAUGUAACUACCUGUCUGUCCUGCUUGUGGUUCCCACAUCUGAUGAAUGUUUUUCAUGGCAGGUAGCUCAGACAAGAAGGAAAUAUGCUACCUCUUGUUUGGUUGAUUCAGGUUUGCUUAUAUUAAAGUCACAACUGAAGGGGAUUAUACAGUGGUGCCUCAACAUUUGAACUCAUUUCAUUUGAGAGAGCUGGUUAUAACUCAAGUUGGUCAAUUGAAGGCUCAGGCUCCUCUACACAACCUUCAGAAUCUCUGCUGUAUACAGGCAGAUUACAAGGUCCUUAGAGAGACAUUGGCCCAGGAUUUCUCAACCCCACACAGGAAAAGAUGUAAU